CCUGAAUCUGUUACUGGUAGAUACAGUCACUCACUCACAGCAGUCACAAUGUCACCAUACUGUGUGUGGCUAGUAAUUGUUGGAGGAUAUGAAGAGUUUGAAUGGGAAGAUGUUGGAGGAGGAAAGGAAGUGCCAAUGAGUACAUAUAUCACUGAUACUAAUAGACUAAUAAUGAUAAUUGAAUUAGUAUAUAGUGAAGCUGGUGAGUGGAUAGUACAGUCAGUACUGGAUGGUAAUGAUCUCACUAGUAAGAACUAUCAAGAAAAGUAUGAAUUGUACAGCAAGACCAGAACAUGGUGGAUGGAUCAGCUAAUAGAAUAUCCUACAGAGAGGGAAAUGAAGCUUCAGAGAUAUAUACAAUAUUUACAUGAAGACCUACAAGUGGUUCAUCAGAGCAAAGUAUCACUACAGAAGGCACUGGUUGAGGCCAAUAAACAAGUUAAAGGUGAUGAUAGUAAUGAUAUUAUGAGCAGUGUAUUAGAAGAGAUGAGACAAGAACAGGAAAAGUUGAUUGAAGAGAAACAGAUUAUUACUGGAGAUUAUCAGAAAUUGAAACUUAAAGUUGCCGAACUAUUAGAAGAGAAGGAGGAACAAUAUCUCAAGGAGAAAAAGAUCAUUAUUGAUGACGUUCAAAAUCUCAAAACUGACAUUUCUGAGAAAGACGAAGUUAUAGCCAAACUGACAUCACAAGUAAAGGAACAAUCACAGAAUCAGAAACAGAUCAUUACUGGUUAGUG